AUGGCCUCCACUCGCUCUGUACGUAGCCUGUCCGUACGCCAGCCUUCUUUCUCCAGUAUUUCUGUGCUGGACAGCGGGCACAGCAUCCGGUCCAAGCCGCCUGCCCCCACCCUGUCCUCUGCCAGCACCCUAUCCCUGUCCCGCUCUCUCUCGCUGGGCAACGGCCUCAAUGUGCUAGGCACCGGCCUCUCCCUCAGCAGCCUCGCCGUGGGAGCCAGCGACAAGGAGACCAUGCAGGGCCUGAACGACCGGCUGGCCAACUACCUAGACAAGGUGCGCACACUGGAAAGGUCCAAUGCGGAGCUGGAACUAAAGAUCAAGCAGCUGAUGAUGGAGAAAGUACCCAAGGGGCACGACAUCGAGGGCAUGAUGGCCCAGGCGCACGCUAUCGGACAGGAGGUGAGAAAGAAGACACUGGAGAACGCCCGCAUCAUGCUGGAGAUCGAUAAUGCCAAGCUGGCGGCCGAUGACUUCAGGGUCAAGUGGGAGGCUGAGGCCACCUUGUGCCAGUCGGUAGAGAGGGACUGUCAGGCACUGCGAAGGGCCAAGUCUGACCACGACCAAAUCAUCUCCACUCUCCGAGGAGACCUGGACAGCCUGAAAGAGGAGCUGUACUUCCUCAAGAAGAAUCACGAUGAGGACAAGGGCUCUCUGAAGGCACGCCUGGCCAACGAGCAGGUGAAUGUGGAGGUGGAUGCCGCCCAGGGCCCUGACCUGGGGGCCAUGAUGGCCGAGCUGAGGGUCCAGUACGAGGGCAUCACCCGCAAGAACAAGGAGGAAGCCGAGGCCUGGUACCUGAAGAAGCUGGAGGGGAUCCAGUCGGAGGUGAAGGAGAGCAACGAGGCUUUGCGCAGCGCCCAGGGGGAGCUCAGCGAGAGACGACGCUUCCUGCAGGCGCUGGAGGUGGAACUGGAAAGCCUGCGCAAGCAGGUGGCUGUGCUGGAGGGAAACCUGGGGGAGACUGGCCAUAAGUACACUGUGGAGAUGGAGCAUCUCCAGGCCACGCUGUCCCAGCUGGAGGAUGAACUGUCUCAGCUGCGCCUGGACAUGCAGCGCAACAAGACUGACUACGAACAGCUGCUGCGCAUCAAACAGAACCUGGAGAUGGAGAUCGCCACCUACAGGAGGCUACUGGAAGGAGAGGAAGUGGUUAAGGAAUCCCCUCCACCUCCAAAAAAGGAGCCAGACGUGAGGACGAGGAAGAUCGUGAAGGUUGUGACUCAGACUAUGGUGAAUGGAAAGGUGGUGGACGAGUCCAGCGAGGUGGAGCAGAUCGAAGAGCGCAAGAAGUGAAGCCAGCGCGUCCGGCGGACCUCCGUCUUUGAGGACGAUGGCCGGCACUCGAGUGCCGUCGAGGCGACCGUGUAAAUGCAGCUUUUCACUCCCUGCAAAUGCUACGCUCUGAUUUCGCUGGCUGAUCCCACCCCUCUCUGGCUAAACGUGUGCUGCUCGCUGAAAUCAGCAGGUGUUGCGUCUGCUUGGACUGAAAACCUGCAAACUUAAUGGUUCUUACUAGCACAUGAUGGCUCACCACUGCUCCAGUCAGAUGGACAAAAACAUGCCGGGACCUUCUCUGGUGUAUUUCCCCUAUUCUCAAAUAAAACUAAAAAAAAAAAAAAGUUUAGAAAAUAAGAAUUAUACAACUUUCAACGUUGUUCAGAAACCUCACAGGCUUAAGUAACACUGCACCGUGAAGGACCGUUGACCCAAACAUCUUAUGAAACUGAUCUGACAGGAUGUUUGAUACAAGAAAAUCGGAAAAGAGUGAAAGAUGUUUGAAAUGUGUGAAGCUAAACGAACAUGAGUAACAAUCUCUCUUAGUAUACUGAUUCUAAUGUGUUUUGUUUGGUGAGAUAUUGUAAAUGUGCGUCCAUUAUUAUGCGCUCCCUUAA